GGGGGGGGGUGUGCCUUCCCAAAACCAUCCCGGUGUGUGUGAUUUGGGGAUGCUGUGCCUUCCGUUCUCUGGGUCCUUUCCCAAAGCCCAUCCCAGGCUUUGUGUAUGUGUGUGUUUUGGGGGUCCUGUGCCUUCCCCUCCCGGGCCUUUUCCCGAGGCUUAUACCAGUCGAUCCCAGCCCAUCCCAUCCGAUCCCAGCCCAUCCCGGCCUGUCCCAGUCGAUCCCAUCCGAUCCCGGCCGGUCCCGGGUCCAUCCCGCGGCCCCGGGCUCAGUCGCUGCCUUGCCCCAGGCUCCCGCUGCUCGCCGCCGCUCGCCAGCUCGCCCAGGACAUCGCCGAGAAAAUCCAGGAGCGGAACCGCUGCCAGCGGAGCGGGGAGAGCUCGGCCAAGGUCAAUGUGGCCAUCAGGACCUCGCUGCAGAGCCUCAGGGAGAAGAUCGAGCAGCUGAGGGAGCUGCUGCUGCGGGCAGUGUCAACGCGCCAGAUCACGCAGCUGGAGGGAGACAGGAGGCAGAAUUUGGUGGAUGACCUCCUGACACGGCACAGACAGCUCGAGGCAUCCUACAGGAAUGAAGGCCCGGAGCCAGACAUGAGCAGGUCCAGCCUCAUGGCAGGAGGGGCCAAACGAGGCAUCACCAACCCCUGGCUCUUGGAAGAGUCGGAGGAGACCAGAGGACUUGGCUUUGAUGAGCUCAGGCAGCAGCAGAGAAGGAUCAUUGAAGAACAAGAUGCUGGACUCGAUGCUCUUUCUUCAAUCAUAUCCCGGCAAAAACAAAUGGGGCAGGAAAUUGGGAAUGAGCUGGAUGAGCAGAAUGAGAUCAUCGAUGACCUCACGAACCUGGUGGAGAACACGGACGACCGGCUGCGCACCCAGACACGGCACGUGAAGAUGGUGGACAAGAAAUCAACGUCCUGCGGGAUGCUGGUGGUGAUCGUGCUGCUGCUCAUCGCCAUCGCUGUGGUCGCGCUCUGGCCGACGGGUUAGCCCCGAUCCAGGGGAGCACCAGGGCUCUGGGGAGGGACCUGCUGUGUGCAGGGACCUUCUGUGCUGGGAAUGAACUCACUCCAUCCUUGGGAAUGAACUCCACAGCUGGGAAGGAACUCCACAGCAGCAGGCUGAAGCAGUGUCCACCAGACAUCUGCUCUCCUUGGAGCGCGGCUGAGGAACUCUGUGGGAUCUGGAGGAUUUCAGUGGGAAAAGAGGAUUUUGUCCCACUCUCCCACCUCCCUCUGGCACUCAGGCAGCUGCAGCUGUAGGAUGGACCCACCUCUCCUGCAUCUACAUCUGGGGACACGCUGGUGCUGCUGCCCUGCCCAUCUCCCUGAGCUCAGACAUCCCAGGGGCUUCAAACACCAAAAUCCAGGAGUGCUUUGGAGAACUGCAAUGUUCAAUGUUCCCCUGCUUCAGGAUGCCUCCUUCAGAGAGAAAAUGCUCCGUGGUUUUCAAGGAAUGACUUGACUAGUCUUGGGGAAUGACUGCAUCUGGAUUCUCACAGGUUGGGAAGAGACAGCCCUGCAGGACCCCCAUGGGCUGCACAGAAUCACUGGUGACUGAGUCAGUGCUCAGCCCUUGGGGGGGAGGUAUUGGUGGGUUUUUAUCUCCAGGGAUGGUUACUGAUCUCCAGGGAUGGAGUCAUUGGUGAGUUACUGAUCUCCAGGGAUGGGAGUUAAACAGCAGCAGGACUCAGCCCAGCCUGUGAGAGUGGAGAGCUUUGCCCUUGUGUGCUCCCCAGGGGCUCUGCCAGCCUGGCUCGGGAGAUGCACCAGAAUUAACGUCCUCAUGAGCUCUGUCUCUUCCUUUGACAGCUUCUCACACCCUUCUACAGCUGAGAGGAAAGAUUACCUAUUUCAAAACUAAUGAAAAAGAAGUAUUAAAUGUUUGCUUCUGGCCAAAAGAAUAAUUAUUUUGUUACACAUGCCAGUUUGAUUUCAGGAUUAAUAGAGCAAGCAAUAAAUACUGAUCAAAGCUGAUCCAUUUAUAUACCGUU